AUGGGUGUCGUCGAAAAGAUCAAGGAGCUCGAAGAUGAGGUCGCAAGGACCCAGAAGAACAAGGCAACAGAGUACCAUCUCGGUCAGCUGCGUGCCAAGAUCGCCAAGCUCCGACAUGAGCUGCUCGAGCCGCAAAAGAAGUCCGGAAAGCCCGGUGAGGGCUUCGACGUGAUGAAGUCGGGCGAUGCACGUGUCGCCCUGAUCGGCUUCCCCUCGGUCGGAAAGUCGAGCUUCCUCUCCAAGGUCACAGACACGAAAUCCGAAGCCGCAGCCUACGAGUUCACCACGCUCACAUGCCAGCCAGGCGUGCUCGAGUACGAGGGUGCCAAGAUCCAGAUCCUCGAUCUGCCCGGUAUCAUCGAGGGCGCUUCCGAGGGCAAGGGUCGAGGUCGCCAGGUCGUCGCCGUCGCCAAGACCGCAGACAUGAUCAUCAUCAUGCUCGACGCCACAAAGCCAGACACCCACCGUGCGCUGCUCGAGAAGGAGCUCGAGGCCGUCGGCAUCCGCCUCAACAAGUCCAAGCCCGACGUCGUCCUGCGCAAGAAGAACGCCGGAGGCAUCGUCAUCACCAAGGCCAUGGGCCUCACGCUCACCAAGAUCGACGAGAGGAUGAUCCGCUCCAUCCUCCAAGGCUACAAGAUGCACAACGUAGAUGUCAUGCUCAGGGAAGACAUCACCGUCGACGAAUUCAUCGAUGUCGUGCUCGGCAACCGCAACUACGUCCCCUGCCUCUACGUCUACAACAAGAUCGACUCGAUCAGCAUGGAACAGAUGGACAAGCUCGCCAGGCAGCCCAACUCGGUCGUCAUCUCGGUCGAAGCCGACCUCAACAUCGACUAUCUCAAGGACAUCAUGUGGGACAAGCUCGGCAUGAACCGCAUCUACACCAAGAAGCGCGGCGAGCGUCCCGACCUCUCGGAUCCACUGGUGGUGCGCAAGGGCGCCACGAUCGAACACGUCUGUCACCAGGUCCACCGCGCCCUCGUCGACAAGUUCAAGUAUGCGCUCGUCUACGGCAAGAGCAGCAAGUUCCCCACGAGCCAAAAGGUGGGCCUCAAUCACAUUGUCGCCGGCGACGACGUCGUCAGCAUCUUUACAAAGUGA